AUGGGGAACAACAGAGUGUCACGCGGCGUGCGACGCCUGAUUCUGCUGCCCAUCGUCGUCGUCUUCUUCGUGACGUCAUCCGCCGUAUCUCGCAGUCGACGCGACGUCGCCACUGAAGUCGUUCCUUCUUCCACGGAUGUGUCUUUUUGGCGCUCUCUACUGCCAACCUGCAACCGGUAGGAGUUCAUCUUCGGAAGUUUACGCUCCAAGAAACAACAGAUCCCUUGUGCCGCCGCCAGUCGAUGUCAACGACGAUGGACAAUUCCCGCCAGACCCAUUUUCGUUGGAAGACAGGCAGAAAGGAGCCGGUUAGUCUUUUUAAAGUUUGCUCGCUUGAACCGGGACAGCUUUUUCUAACAUAGGUUUUUCGACUCCAAUAAGUUCAAGCACGUCUCACCUGAAACAAUGAACCGCUCAAGUUCAAAUAAACAAAACAAACGGUUGAGUGGUGCUUCACAUGGCGGGUCUCAUCUACAUGUUCGUGUCGUUGGCCAUCGUCUGCGACGAGUUUUUCGUCCCGUCUCUCGACGUCCUCACCGAGAAGCUUUCACUGUCCGAUGACGUCGCCGGCGCGACUUUCAUGGCCGCUGGCGGGUCUGCGCCCGAGUUCUUCACCUCCGUCAUCGGCGUCUUCAUUGCUCAGAACAACGUCGGGAUCGGCACAAUCGUUGGUCAGCCUUACAUUAUGAGUAUCUCUACAUUAGAAGACUACAGCUUUUUCCAAACGUUAUUCAGAAUUUUUUUUUUCGAGACUAAUUUUGGAGCAUUUUUUUUUGGGGCAAUUUCGAGGUAUCUGACUUUAAUUUAUCUUACAAAAAAGAUCAAUAUUCGGGAAAAAGUAGAUUUUUUUUCCAGUUAAAACAAAAAAUAUUUUUCACAAAAAAAAAUGCUUCAGGCUCGGCGACCUUCAACAUUUUGUGCGUGUUAGCUUUCUGCACGCUUUUCUCGAAGACGGUUCUCGACCUGACUUGGUGGCCUCUCUUCAGGUCAGUCAAGCUCUUUUUCUUUGAACUCCCGAUGUGACUUCAGAGACGUAUCGAUCUACAUGAUUGCUCUUGCCAUGCUUGUUUUCUUCUUCAUUGACGAACAGGUGCGCAUCGUUUUUUCAAUUUUUCGUAGCCAACAUUAGGUACUCUAGAGUGGUCCUUUAGGGGCAACCUUAGAAGCCCUUGCCACUUCAUCAACCCCCAUAGAGGCCGCUAAAAUGCAAAAGUAGUACCUAUAGGGGUUUUAGUUAGUGGUCCCUCUAGGGGACAUGAUAGUCGAUAAAUUUAUGAAAUCUAAGCGAAGAAGCAUUUCCAUGCAAAAAACUAAAAAAAAAUAACCCUUUUUGAAUAAUAUUGAACGAACUUCAUAGGGAUCACUUGAGCUUUAGGGCUGACGGGUCAGGCACUAAACCUCAUAGGGGCCGAAAAAGUGGUCCUUAUAGGGGUUUGGGGCUGUUUUUUCUCUAACCAUUAUGGGAACCACUCCAAAAUUCCUAAGACUAUCUUAAAAGGAAAAUUUUCAUAUCGGUAUGUGAAACCUCACUGAAAAGGUACGGAAAAUCGAUAGAGCAGAAAGAAAAAUCUCACCCGAAUUGCUCCGAUUCGCUGUCUUCCAUUACAGUAGUAAAAGGAAAUAAUGAGCGUACGUAUGAGAUUGAUUAUCGGGUCAUCCGAAACAGAAAAAAAAAAUCUAUCUUCAAAAAAUGUAUGAAAAAAGAGGAAAUUUGCAGUUUCUUUCUCUCCAAAUAAAAAAAAUUUACUUGAGGAAUGAUUUAAGAUUUCGUGGCCGGAAGCCUUAGCCAUGUUUUUGGUUUACGUGCUCUACUGCACUAUUAUGAAGUUCAACAUGCAGCUGGAGCGGCUUGUGAAAGGCGAGGAAGAAAUUCUGCCGGAACUGCCAAUUGAGCCUGUCGAGGCGCAGAAGUUAGAUGUUCACAUCAACCGCGAUGGGGUAUUUUUUUUUUUUAAAUGGAAAAAUAGGGUUUGAUGUGAAAAUAGUACCUUGUAGAGCUUUUCAUUCGAACAUUCUAUUCAAAAAAGCACAGAUAUGAGUACCUUUAAAGAAAAAAACGCGAUUUUAUUUUCCCGACUUUUAUUUUUGGAAAAAUGCUUUAGAUCGGUGUACAGAAAUUGUGAGCAGUAGACGCACGCGAUGUUGCGGACGUCACUGGACUCGCAUUUCAUGAGAAAUAAUUGGAUAUCUUCUACAAAUAAUGGUUUUUUUCUAAAAAAAAUCAUCUUUUCAAGAUCAAAAUUGCGACGAAAAAAACUUUGGUGUCAACAGAAAAAAAUUGAAGUUUGAAAAAAAUGAAAAAAACAAGCAGAAAUCCGAAAAAUGGUGGAACUUGCCCAUAGAGCAAAUUUACUGCAAAACGCCCUUCUAGCGGGAACUCAAACUUUUAUCUCUCCGACUUUGAAUCAUUUUUUCUCCAGAACUAGGAAGUUCUGUACGUUUCCAAGUUCACUGUUCGACAGGCAAGAAAGAGCUCUACAACAUGGCUUUUUUGUCUCCAACCCCAUUUUUUAUUGUCCCUAUGCCUUUUACCGAAAUGUGAGAGCGCUUAAGGUGUCGGUGACGCGACCGGUGGACAGGAUGGACUCGAUCCGCCGACGGAGUUCUUCUUCCCGACGGCAGUCUGUGCCGAUCCUGCACUCAGGAACUAUGUUCCGCAACGGAAUCAUGCAGCUAAUGAACAACACUCUCGACCAGCUCCCCGAAGGUCUCACUAUCUUGAAAAGUUUCAGAUGACUUUUUGGUUUGGUCAUUUUGAACUUAUUUUUACAAAACGACAUAAGGUCGUAUCAAAUAAAUCUAUGUACAGCAGAAUUCUUUUCAGAUAGCGAAGAGGAAGAUUCUUCACGUCGAUCUAAUCCGGCGACAAUGACGGUAAUAUUAUUACAAAACAAUUCCUCUCGAAAAACCCUGAUAAAUCUGUUCUGAUUAGAAACGAAUCACAUGUUUAAACAAAAAAAAAAGUCGAGUUCAGAGGAACUCUGACGCUUCACACUUGCCAGCCACGUCGGCCACCGAACGCCGAUCCUCACAAAUUGAAGAAAUCGUCUGUUUUUUUUUUUUUUCGAGAUCUUUCAACUGAGAAACUUUAGAAGUCGUUGCUGGAAGAGAAAGAAGAACAGCCACUGGACAUGACGUGGCCCGACAAAUGGCAGAAAAAGCUGACCUACGUGCUGUUGGCGCCGGUCCUCGUGCCCAUGUGGGUCACGAUUCCUGACGUCCGUCGAACGGUUUCUUCGCACUAUAUCUCGUGACGUCACAUCAGAGAUUCAGACGUCGAGGCAUCUCUAUCCGGCGACGUUCGUCAUCUCGAUCCUGUGGAUCGCCUUCUUCUCCUACCUGAUGGUUUGGUGGGCAAACACCAUCGGAGAGACGUUCGUCAUUCCCACUGAGGUUCUUUUUUGACCACUGCUUAGAGCGCUCCUUAUAGGGGUUUGGAGAAAAACUCCUUCACAGAGGCCGAAAAAGUGGCCCUAAGCUUACCCCUAUUUGGACCCUCUGAAGUUUCUAAGGUCAUUCAUUCUCUUAAUCGUGGGAAAAGAUCACCAUGCUCUUUUCUUUGUAAACUUAUCAAUCAUUCAGGUCAUUGGCCUGACCAUCUUGGCAGCAGGAACCAGCAUUCCCGAUUUAAUCACGAGGUGAACGCCUUCAGCUACACAUAACCGUUGAUUUAAGUGUGAUUGUGGCGCGAAAAGGCCUGGGCGACAUGGCGGUCAGCAGCUCCGUCGGAAGCAACAUCUUCGACGUCUGCGUCGGGUGAUUAUUUUCAAGCUGUUGGAAAUUGUUCUAGAACACAGUCUACUACCGAAUUCAGAGUUAGGCGCAGACUUUUUCUCUGAAAACAAAACAGAAUAUCAUCUCUCGAGUAGUUUUCGAGAUACGGUAGUUUAAAGGAUUACGGUAAAAAGCUUUAAAAAAUCUAUAGCUUGACAAAAAAAAUCAACGAAUCUUUAUCAAUGCUUGUCGCAAGGUGCAAAUAGUUUUAUUCAAACUUUAAAUGGAACAUCUCAUUUCUGCUGUUUAUUGCUCAUAUUAGAGAAUCUUCUCACACGGUCGUUGACGAAGAGCUCAUUUAAAAUAAGCUAUGCUUCACAAAAAGGGGCUUCAAAAAAUGAAAGAAAGAAAGUUAAGCUUGCCGGUCCCGUGGCUUCUCUACUUUGGAAUGGAAUUUUUCGCAGAUCCCUCGAGGUCGCCCAUGCCGAUUUCUGUCAGUAGGUAAGGAGGAGGUCAUCCCGAUAGUUGGCUAGACCAUUAUUUGAUGUGUAAAGUGAGCUUGAAAAUUGCAACAUCCAAAAAUGAGGCCUUUUAGUAUACCUCAGCCAACUUUCAGGGAACUGCACUAACAAUCAGAACAAUUCCGUUUGUAAGCCACAAAUAUUUGCAGCAAGGGGCUUCUUUGCUCUGUGGGAAUGCUCUUCAUAAUGCUCAUUGUUCUCGUCGGUGCCAUCUUCCUUUCCAGGUGGAAAAUGAACAAGGUCGGUCAUAGACUUCGGACUAAACCAAAUGAAAAUUCUCCAUCUCACAGCUUCAUUCUCAGGUUUUCGGCAUCGUGAUGAUCAUUUCCUACGUCUUUUUCUGCAUCUUCUCGGUUGCGUUGGAGACUGAUCGUCUUGUCUGUCCGUUGAAUAUCUGCUAA